AUUUGAAUUAGUUUGGAUAUAGCUCCAUUAUUACCUUAUUUCAAUCAUGUAUAUUUUAUUCUGCUUUUCAAAUAGUAAUGCAUCAAAGGAACUCACAUACUUAAAAAAAGACACUGGCUUCAAGCUUACAAAGGGAAAAGACCAAGUUAUACAAAGAAAAGGGAGUACAGAUAGAAAAACACUUGUUGGUGUGCCAAGAAUGUUAAUAACCCAUAACUACACUCAGAACAACUCAAAACUAGAGCUCCCACCAUUUGGAAGCCAGUUUAAGCUUAGUAAAACAUGUUUAGAAAUUUCCCUUCCUUCAGCCCCUUUUCAUAGGCAUCUCCCUAGACAACCAUUCUUCAUUGCAAACUAGACCCUUUUCUAAACCCUAGCUGUGCUUUUGUCUGUUUUUAUCAAACCCCAACUGAGACAAGUGUAUCCUCCUGCUGUGACAUGCUUUGCCUGCAGGAGGCCUUUUCUUUUUCCAGUAGACUGUAAUUCUUGAUUUCCAGGAGAAGCAAGCUGUUUAAUCUAGUUUGCUUGCUGGAUACACUUAUGCUGUUCUUACUACUUGAUAAUGUUACCUUCCUCUGUUCUUAUCAAAUUAUUGUUCUACCAUAUGUAGAGAAUCUAUUGGUUUUUCUGAGAGUAGCAAAAUAAAAUGUGAUGGCUAAUAUUUCUUGCUGUGAACAUAAAGAUUCAUUUUGAGAAAUUUAAAAUUGAAACAAUGCUCUGUUUCCUGCAGUUUAUUCUGUUCUUGGAAGAAAAACUAAAUUGGAUAGAACUAAAUUGACAACUGCUGCCUUAGGUUGCAUGUGCCAUUCUGAUAGAAUCAGAUCCCAGAGUUGAUAUGUAUGUUCUAUUAAUUAAAAAGGCUAUGCUUAUUGAAUCAAAUAAUCACAGAUAAUGGAUAUAUGAAUGCAUUCAGCAAGGUUUGGGUUUAUGUCCUAGUGGUUAGACUCCUAUAUUGCAGGCUAACUCUGCCCGUAGCCUGGAGUUUGAUCCUGAAGGGCUCAAGAUUAAUUCAGGUUUCCAUCCUUCCGAGAUUGGUAAAACGAGGGCCCAGAAUGUUGGGGAUAAUAUGCUGACAUUGUAAACUGCCCAGAGAGUGCUGUAAAGACUAUAGGGUGGUAUCUAAGUCUAGCUGCUAUUGCUAUUAUGUGGUUAUUUGUGGACCAUAGAUGUUGAUAGGACUUACAUAUUCCCAUGUGUGUUCUUGUGAUUGUAUUUCUAUCCAUGUAGGUAUCUUUCCAUUAUAAUUUUUCCAUUAUUGUUUUAUAGUUGAAUACUGGAUAGAAAACAACUUCUAUUUAGUAUUGCUGCUGUAAUUCCAAAAGAUUCCCAAUCAGCAUUUUCAUUCCUGAUGUCUCUUUCAUUUUCUGUAACAGCCUCCUUUAAACUGCAAAGCUGGCGAGCACAAUGGGAAAAAAGCAAAACAAGAAGAAAGUGGAGGAGGUCUUGGAAGAGGAAGAGGAGGAAUAUGUGGUGGAGAAAGUUCUUGACAGGCGGGUAAUGAAAGGCAAAGUGGAAUACUUGCUCAAGUGGAAAGGCUUUUCAGAUGAUGAUAACACAUGGGAGCCAGAGGAGAAUCUCGACUGCCCUGACCUAAUUGCAGAAUUCCUGCAAUCCCAGAAAACGGCACACGAAACCGACAAGUCAGAGGGAGGAAGCAAGCGCAAGGCCGAGUCAGAUUCUGAGGACAGGGGGGAAGAAAGCAGACCAAAGAAAAAAAGGGAAGAGGCUGAAAAGCCUCGAGGAUUUGCAAGAGGGUUUGAGCCAGAACGGAUUAUUGGUGCCACAGAUUCCAGUGGGGAGCUCAUGUUCCUAAUGAAAUGGAAAAACUCAGAUGAAGCUGAUCUGGUUCCUGCCAAGGAAGCUAACAUCAAGUGUCCACAAGUGGUCAUUUCAUUUUAUGAGGAAAGGCUCACAUGGCACUCUUAUCCCUCAGAGGACGACGAUAAGAAGGAUGACAAGAAUUAAUCUGCUUGUCUUUCUGUCUUCAUCCCUCCUUUGGCUGACUUUUGUAUUAAAAUACCAGACUCUGGGUUUGAACAUAAGGGAGAAGUGAAGAAGCUCUUGGCUGAGGAGGAUGCACUCUGUAGAAACAGGACAAGAUUUCUCCCUAUGGCAGUGUGUUUAUGUUUAUAUAUAUAUGUAUAUGUAUAAAACAUAUAUAUUCAUAUAACAUAUAUAUUCAUAAUCUGUCACCUUUAUUGGAAGAAUGAAGGCCACCAAGAGAAACAGCAGGUGGAGGUGGCAUGUUCUCUAAAGAUCACCUGAAAUUUACAGCCUUUUUCUCAAAUAGUGUUAACAGCAUUUUUAGCAUGUGUGUGUAGGUUUUGUUCCUUUUUUAGGGUAUUAUUUGUGUAUUGUUGGGGUGGGAAGUGUAGGUAUGUUCAACUGACUUGAGACAUAGAGUGGUUCACAGUAUUCUAUAGCCAGAGUCAUAAUUUUUUUAAAGGAAAACUGCAUCUUAUUGCAAUUAAGUUACUCUUAAUUGAGUAAAAAUUCAAUUUUAAAUGAUGGAGCAGAUGUGUCAAGUGAGACUGCAUUAAAAGUUGAGACUGCUAAUAAGAAUUAUGCAUCUAAAAUUAGGGAAGAUGAAAAUUUAAACCCUGUAGUUGAACUGGCAACACCUUGUUCUAAAUAAUGCAUCUUUUUAAUUUCUUUUUCCACAGAAUUACUUUUUUUAGUUUCCUGUAUGUAUGUGAACUUGAGAAUCUAAAUGAGUGGUGGUGAGGAGAAAGAAGAAAAAACUAUUUUCUACCGCACAAAUAAGUUGCAGAAUAUUCUGCAAACACUUUCUGUCAGACUUGGGCAUUAAUUACUUUCUUUGUCUUGGUCUGCCACCAAUUUCAAUGUAAGACUUCUGUUUUUACAAAGGAGAUAAUUUUACCAAUAACUAUGCUCAAAUCCUUGUAAGCCACCAACUCCUUCACAGGGCAGUAUGUACGUAGAAUUGUAUUGUACAAAUCUUUUUUAAGAUAAAGCAUGUGUAGGCUUCUGUGAAAAUGUUGUCUAAAAGUGUUUGGAUUUAACUUCAUAAUGAUCUGUCUUUUUGUCUUAAUAAAAUUUUAGAUUUAUAA